CGCGAAAACCUUUUCAGCUCACUAGAUUUGUCAAGCGAAUUUUCGAUUCGGAGGAGAUCAACGAAUUUUAUUGUCUUUUUCCCGAAUUCGAAAAAUGUGCCAAGAAUGACUGGGAGAGGAUCGAUGGAGUCGACACGAAACACAUGAAAGAAAUGUUUGUGGACGCGAUGAAUGAACGUAAUCAAUCGGUUGUAAAAUACUUGGCUGUCAGAUGGUCGUUAAAGGAGGCAGCCUAUAAAGCACUUUACCCUCACCACAAGGCCACCUGGAAAGAUCUUUCGGUGAAAAAAGUUGAAGGAAAACCUUGCUUGAUUCUAAGUAAGAGAUUUCAACAAGAAAUUUCCUUCGAUAUUGUAAAGACCCAUUCUUCAAUUUCGCACGAUGGAGAAUAUGUCAUUGGGCAAGUGUUGAUUGAAGGGGAAAACCAGUAA